GUGUGUGGUUCGCGGGUGAGAGAUCGACUGCGCUCCUUCAUGCUGGUUCAUACGGUCGGUGCCGUACGUUCGGGUAGGAUCGCGUAGUCGGACUUCUUUUGCAUCCGGCAGAGUACGGGGUAGUGGGUAGUUGUCGAGGCAUACUAAGAUUGUCAUCAACUCCAACACCCAGACGACGCUGGAAGAAAAAGUCCGAUCAGAGAUAUUGAGGAUCGCUAACAGAUCGGUGGCCCCUGGCGUGGCGCAAGAAGAUGCUGCUCCUGCAGUGAUCGUGACACGUACGUGAUAGAGGUGGAAUUUUCCUCACUUUCUUCGCAAGCGCGGCGUUAGAAGCAUCCCUACCCUACAUUAAGCUGCGGACGUGACACGGAACGGGACAAAACGUGGGCGUUUGAGGUGCGCCAUAUUGGACGUAAAACCACCUUUCCUCCUAAAAACCCGUACCGUAGCAACGUGGAUGGCGCAGUAAGACACACAGCGAGAGAUCAGCAGAAUCAUCCUCACCAAUACUGCCGAAAUUCGGUCUGCGUCAGUGUUUUUGUUUGCGUUUCGCAACGGCGUUUCUCGUGCGUGCGGACGGGAGAGACGAACACCCGCAAAGCCAGAUGCACUUGGAGAACUGCUGCAGCUGCAAACAUGUAAAGAAAGAGAGCGAGAGAGAGAGCGAUAAAAAACGGUGCCAAUGUAGUGUCGAUCGGGAAGAAGUGUGUGCAUUAAAUCGAACCUUUGUUCCCGGAAACUGCAUUCCCUUUGGACCGGCCGUUCGCUGCCACAAUCGAAAUCGAAGCGCUCCCUGCGGGGUCGCUGCUGCUGUAGCUGCCGUACCAAAAGCUGAGAGCAAAACAGCAUAUCAUCCGAGUACGAACCACCAUCACCACCACCCAGCACAACACAUAACAGCGCUGCCGGUGUGUGGGCUAAAAAUAGUGAAAACGAAGUAUUUUUACCAUCUAAUACCAAUAUUCGAAGGUGGCCGAGUGGCGUGCGCUGCCACUACGGGGUAGUAGGAAAAAACGGGACGCGAUCACGGGAAGUGAAGGUGUGCGCAACACCCUUGCGGACGCGUGUUGUGUUGGUGUGUUCACCUGUGCACGGCUUCACAACUCGGGCGCUGGUGUUUAUUAAUUGUGAAUUCGUGAAUUUGCGUGAUCUACAGCACGGUCGACGUGUUGCUUGCUUGAAGCGUGAUUCAUUCCGUUGUAUUACGACCCAAAUUCGGAACCUCUCGAACGUAAACAACUACGAUCGAUCGCAAUAAUUGACACUCUAAGUCUAAGGGUGCACUCCAAUUACACUACAUGUGCACACUAGCGACUUCUGUGGCGACUCCGGGUCUUGGAGCGGGACGGAUGGGGCUGAACGCGAUUCAACCGCGGCAGGGCAGUACGGAAAGUGCGGGAAGCGGAGACUCGGACAGUGGGGGAGGAGGGGGAGACACAUUUGGAUCACCGGUGUCGACAGCUGCGGCGGCGGCCGCCGCCCUCCAGUGGUACUAUCUGGCGAAUCUGGACGCACAUUCGAGCGAGUCUUUGCAGAGCUCGAAACUGUUCUCGCCACCUUACUGGACCGGGCCCGAAUCGUUCGCAACGUCGACACUGUCCAGCGAUGCGUACGCCCAAGAUCGUCGGGACGAGUGUGACUCACCGCUGCUUGCCGAAGAGCUGGCCGAACUAUGCGACCAGUUCGACGAGCUAGGGCUGCUCGAGAUAACUUCCAGAGUGCGUCCUACCCAUCUGGAAGUGGAACAUCAUGCUGGAUAUGGUCGAGCGUUUCUCACCGGGGCGGUUAAAGAGUUCGCUGGCUAUGGAAGAAGUGUCUCACCGACGACGUUAGUUCAUCACCAUCAUCCCCACCACCAUCAUCAUCAACAUCAUCACCAUCACCAACACCAUCAUCAUGCAAAGCAGCAGCAUCACGAGUUGCCAUUGACAAGACCCCAGCAAGCCUUGCAUCUUCAUGCACCUCUGCCGCUGACGAGUAACCAUUAUCAUCAACCCACGUACGGAGGACAUCAGCCGUUGCCACUGCACGCCGGAGGUAUCGAGCAGCAACACUUGCAGAACGCGAACCUGAAGUAUAGCAAAGUGCCGCCGGCCAACUAUCUUUGCCAUCUGUGCUUCAAGAAGGGUCACUACAUUCGAGACUGUCCUCAGGCUCGCCCGAAAGCGGAAGGCAAAACACCGUACCAGGGCAAGAAGCGCUGCUUCGGUGAGUACAAGUGUCCGAAGUGCAAGCGAAAGUGGAUGUCGGGCAAUUCGUGGGCCAACCAUGGUCAGGAGUGCAUCAAGUGCCACAUCAAUGUCUAUCCACACAAACAGCGCCCGCUGGAGAAACCGGACGGACUGGAUGUGUCGGAUCAAUCGAAAGUUCAUCCGCAGAUGCUGUGCGAAAAGUGCAAGACGUUGGGUUACUACUGUCGAAGAAUCCAGUAGCCGUGAAGGCGUGCGUAAUGACCCCAAUCUAUAGCAGAAAGUCACGUUGAAAUACCAAUUACCACUUAAAAUAGUUGCAAAUAGUUUUACAAGUUUCAUCCGCCACAUCGAGAGAGAGAGAGAGAGUGUCAACAUAACAGUGAAAAGAAAACGAAUUCCAAAAUCUGUAUAUAAAGGAGCUGGACGACCUCGGCUCGAAGCUCCACAGAAAUCCACUCGAAAUGCCAAAAUCUUGUUUGAAAUUAUCUCGGCCCUGGUAGAAGAGUAGAGAAGAUUUAGAGCAAAGUUUGUAUUAUUUUAUUGCGAUAAACACCGAAAGGCCACUACUACUGGUUGCUGUCAAAAACAAAAUUCGAAUCAUUCAAAAUUUAUCGAACAUAACAAGAGAAA